CAGGCGCACCAGCUCUAUCCGUGGACCCUCCCACUAGUGGAAGAGUGACACGCCAUUCAAUUGCUGCCUGGCCCGCUGCAUGUAGGAAACAGGAGGGAGCUUUGAGCACAAGGAUAUCUUACUAUCAGGCAGGAGGAGGGAGAAAACCCGGCUACAGUGAAGCAAAAGUUGGACGAAUCGCGUCGACAUGGGGAUCCGAAAAAAGACUAACAAGAAUCCGCCGGUGCUGAGCCAUGAGUUUGUCAUCCAGAACCAUGCAGAUAUUGUUUCCUGUGUUGCUAUGGUGUUUCUCCUCGGCUUGAUGUUUGAGGUCACCUCUAAGUUUGCAGUCUUCUUCAUAACUGUCCAGUACAACGUCACCAUAUCAACAAAUGAAGCACCAGAGGAGACUGCCGUGAACCACUUCCACCACGGGAUCAAGGACUUGGCAACUAUCUUCUUCUACAUGCUGGUGGCUAUCAUAAUGCAUGCCAUUAUCCAGGAGUAUGUGCUGGACAAAAUCAACAGGAAGAAGCACUUCUCCAAAACCAAACACAGCAAGUUCAAUGAGUCCGGCCAGCUCAGCGCCUUCUACCUCUUCUCCUUUGGUUGGGGCACAAGCAUCCUGCUCUCUGAAAACUUCCUGUCCAAUCCAGUCAGCCUGUGGGAGGGUUAUCCGCAUACACUGAUGCCAUUCCAGAUGAAAUUCUACUACAUCUGUCAGCUGGGCUACUGGCUGCAUGCUCUACCGGAGCUGUAUUUCCAAAAGACAAAGAAGGAGGAUAUUCCACGCCAGCUUGUGUACAUCUCCCUGUACCUGGUGCACAUCGCUGGCGCCUACAUUCUAAACCUGAACCGCCUGGGUCUGGUCCUCCUUGUGUGUCAUUACUUUGUCGAGCUUCUGUUCCACAUUUCCCGUCUGAUCUACUUCAGCAAUGAGAACAGGCAACUGGGUUUCACCAUUUGGGCGGUCUUGUUUGUCCUCGGACGGCUGCUCACCCUGUCCCUAUCUGUCCUCACCGUGGGCUUUGGCCUCUCCACAGCUGAGAACCAAGGUUUCGAUUGGGCCGCAGGAAACUUUAACGUCCUUUUUGUUCGGGUAACUGUCCUGGCCGCCAUCUGCCUCACACAGGCCUUUAUGAUGUGGAAAUUUAUCAACUUUCAGCUGCGCCGGUGGAGAGAGCAUGCCCAAGCUCAGACCUUGAAAAAGAAACAAGCUCCUUCCAAGAGCAAAUCAAAGAAAGACAAAGCCAACGGAGUAAAUGGAGUUAACUCUCACCAAGCUGAUUCACCAAGAGCCAGAAAAGAGAAAUCCUCAUAAAACAUUCCUCUCAGCCCUUUCCAUCGCCUCCCCACCUCAGAGAACUCUCCUCUCACUCUCUGUCCCUUCCUCACGUCCGGCCCAGCAGAUCCUCCGGCUCCUUGAUCUACGACACGCAUCUUCAGCUCCCACACACGACUGACCUCCCAGCUGGACUUCAAGGACCAGAAUGCAGCUUCGCUUCUCAUCCAGCACACCGUCAUUUCUGAAUCUUUGCCCUGCUGUGCGAUUGUGAAUGAAAAGAAAACCAAUUAAGAAAAUAAACUAUGAAAAAAAAAAAAAAAAAAAAAAAGACCUUUAUUUAAGAAGUGCCUAUUGAUACGGAGCGUUUUUUGUACAGAGUGUAAUUUUAAAAUUUCAGGAAUGAUCACUGCAGUGUUUUAAUGUUUCUCCCAUUUUAUCUUUUCAUGCUUUUUCUAAAUACUGUGUAUUUCAACUCGUCUCUUCUGUUUUUUUUUCGUCUCCUUUUAUUUAUAACCGCUCGCUCUGCUCCUUUUCUUUGCCACCGACUCCUGCCCCUCUGUGGGGGGAUUUUGCAGACACUAUAUGUGAAUUUCCCUGUAAUGUCUCUUGUUUUCCCCUAAGUGAGGGAUGCGAAAAGGAAACAAAAUCUUAUCUUUGUCUUUCAGAUUAAGACUGGGGUCACAAAUCGACUCAAACUCAGUGUUUUCUCCAUUUCGUUCUUCAGCGGACACCUAUAGAUGGAACGUAAGGUAGAAUAUGGAGAAUUUUAAAGUCCCCUUAUGAAUAAGAAUAAGGGUGAGUGUGCAAAAAGCAUUCGAGGAAAACAGGAGACAUCUUUGUGUAAUAAUGUAAGUAGAUUCACGGUUCAGUAUUGUGCAAAACUGCCAGCAAAGUAACCUGAUGUAGCAUUAAGUGUCAGAGUUCAGAACAGCUUUGUACUGAGAUCAUGAACUGUUGCGUUUGUAUCUAUAGUUCUAAGAAAUAAACACGCCUUGUGUUUUAGCUUUGGAUGAGAUGACUUUCUAAGAGAGACGGAAAAGACUUAAUCAGGCAAUAUGUCGGUUUAGUGAGUUUGAAUCGCUGUCUUGUAUGAUCCUGCCUCAUUUGCUGUUUAAGUGGAAUUGUUUCCCUGUGUUUGUAUGGCCUGCUUGAAAAAUGUUCACAUGAAUGACUUGUUGUAAAAGCAUGGACCGAGAAUGAAACAUAACUAUGUUUUAUUUAGCUUUUAACACCCCCCUCCCCUCCCUUUACCCUACUAUUGACUGUGCCAUAUGAGCCUGGUUGAUAUGCCUUUUAUUUACAUGCCAUAAGAUAAAUUUGCAAAGCUACAGAGAGCAAUCAAAUACGUUUUCAAGUAGUUUCCCAGUUAACACCGGCCUGUUCCAAAAGAUUAACCCGUUGGGUAUGCAGUGGUUGCCUUUAAGCUGCAUGUGGAUUUCUGAACCUGUCCUGAGGGGUUAUCUUGAUAAAGGAAUAAAAUGUAUUGAAAACAAA